GAAAUAGGUCGCCGCAUCGAAUCCGCACCACACCCAAAAUAAAACUGUAUAGAAAUCUUAACUGCGGCACUCUUCUCCGCCAAAAUCUCCUUUUGCCCGCCAUUACUAAAUCUUAUUUAUUUAUUGAGCAAUUUCGUUCUUCAAUUUCAAUUAUUCGUUUCGAAUUUCAACAAUGUCUUCCCGCUUACAAUCCGCUGUGCUCGGAUCAUCGCUCGUUUAUCCAAAUGCCGUCGUUUGGUCUGAAGAAAACUUGGUGGCUGUGGCCUGCGGCACCAGUGUUAUAGUUAUGAAUCCUGGUAAUCCUGGAGUUCGAGGUAUAAUUACCAUUCCAUCAACCAAGACUUUUCCAAUUGGUGUGAUUGAUUGUGAAGGUGCAGAUUUGCUAAAUGGGUGCUUGCUACCAUGUCAGUUAUCACGGGACGCUCGUCCCUCUGUUAGGUCAAUUUCUUGGUCGCCUGUGGGUCUGGCUAACAACGCUGGUUGUUUGCUUGCUGUUUGCACCACUGGGGGGAAUGUAAAGCUUUACCGACUUCCUUCUUGUGAGUUUUCAGUUGAAUGGAUAGAGGUUUUGGACAUAUCUGAAAUGCUGUAUAAUUAUUUCAAGAGUACCAGUUUCGAGGAGUAUCAAAUUGUAUCCUCAGAAAAUUUAGAUGCAAUACCGAAAAGAGAUAAUGCAGAUCAUGAAUCUGCCGGUGACCUGAUUGUCUCUAGUUUAAGAAAGGGUUCCAAAAGAAGGAGACGAAAUACAGCUAGUGUAGCUGCAAAAGAUCCAGACGAUUUAGGAGGAACUAACAUGUCACAAAUUGUUCGGGUCUCUUCUGGUAAAGGGAAGCCUCAGAAGAAAGCUAGUGAAGACUGCAAUCUCCCAUUAGUAACCAUACAGCAGUAUGCCUCUCGCAGUGAAAUGCUGAUGUCACUUACUGUUGCUUGGUCUCCAAUCCUGGGGACAUUGGGGAAUGGUGUUGCUCUUCCUCACAACUCUUCUAAUUGCUGCUCUAUUCUUGCUGUUGGAGGGAAGUGUGGUAGAAUUUCGUUGUGGAGAAUUCAUGCACCUGAUAGCUAUUCCACUGAUAACAUUAGAUAUUCAAGUAAAGUAUCGCUUGUCGGCCUUCUCAAGGCACAUGAGACUUGGAUUACAGCAAUCAGUUGGGCAUUGUACGAGCCUAAUAUUUCAAAACCCCAAUUUGUAUUGGCUACUGGAAGUUCUGAUGGCAGAGUGAAAAUCUGGCUGGAAAAUGGUGAGAAACUGUUGAAUUCAUCAGAAGUUAUCUAUGAUUCAUUUUCUUUGUUGAAGGAGGUUAUGACUGUCGAUUCUGCAACAAUCUCUGUACUUUCACUUACUGUACCCUCACAUUCACCGGGGAAGUUGCUCUUGGCUAUUGGCAAAGGCUCUGGUUCAUUUGAAGUGUGGAUGCUUGAGAUGGCCACCAGAAAAUUUGAAAAAAAUGGUUGUUAUGAUGCACAUGACCGCAUUGUUACUGGUUUAGCUUGGGCUUUUGAUGGGCGUUGUUUGUACAGCUGCAGCCAGGAUAACUCCAUGAAGAGCUGGAUUUUCGUUGGGAAUUCUCUCUCGGAAGUGCCCAUGCCCUCCACUAGUCCUGGUUUGAAGUACUCACCCGAUGCUCCUUACGUAUUUGACUCUUGCUUUGGUCUGGCGGUAUCCCCUGGAAACUUGGCAAUUGCCAUGGCUCGCAAAUUUGAUGCUGAUCUUUUACAUCCCAUGUACCAGGCAAGAACUCAUAAAGCUGCUGUCGAGUUCCUUUGGAUUGGAGGGCAGCAACUGGGCAUUUCCUCCACAUCUCCAGAUAUUAACAGUGAAUAUUUUCCUGGAUUCCCUGAGAAAGAACUGUUUUGUUGGGAAACUAACAUCUUAUGGUCCUUGAAUCAGUAUGAAAAUCUCAACAGGCUUCUGAACAUUUGGGAUAUUGUGGCAGCUCUCCUGGCCUUCAAGCAAUCUGCACCUGAGUAUGUAGGGCAUGUCCUACUCAAAUGGCUGAAAUCUUACCUAAGGUCCCAGUUUGACAUUUCUAUCACAUUGCUGUCUGACAUCUUUGAAUUUCUGCCGAAGCUUUCAUCCCGGCAGUUACAUCUCAUCAACAUUAUCAGCAGGCAUGUAAUGCUUAAAGAUUAUAAAGCAGCCAUUAUGAGCAGCAAAGAGCCGGACCUAGAAGGGUUAAGUGGUGCCGAAGAAGAACAGGUAACUUUAUGGACGGAGUUGUUUUUGGGCAGUGAAAACGAACUCUUGGAAAGGCUUGUGGGUAUUAGUUUUUCUGCGAUUUUAGGUCUGCUGUCCAAUUCAUCGAUGGAUGUUCUAAAAAAUGGUUCCUGGAGUCCUGAUGGAUUCCUACAAAUGGCGCAGUGGGUUUCACAUAAUCGAGAAAAUGUAAAGGGUCAUUCUGAAUUUCUUGCAGCAGAAGUUAGAAAAGUUGAGAAGAGGAGAUUACAAGAUAUUUUGGGGUAUGAAGUGAACGAGCAAUGCAAUUUCUGUUCAGCAGCUGUGCCAUUUGAAUCAAAGGAAGAUGCAAUGUGCUCAGGAAUGAACUAUGGUAAUGGAGUUAGUCAGAGACAUAAGCUAGAAAGGUGUGCAGUUACUAUGCGUGUUCUCCCGACCAAACCCUCCUGGUAUUGUAUGUGCUGUCUAAGACGGGCUAGAAAAUUAGCUCCUAGCAUUUUAUUCACAAUGCCCAAGUAUCCUUCGGAUUUUAAAUCUUAUCUAAAGUCUUCUCCGUACAAGGACUCCUCAACACCAUGUUGUCCCUUUUGUGGGAUACUUUUACAAAGAUCACAGCCAGAACACUCUCUGUCACCAUUACCAGUAUAAACCAGAGACUUCCUCCUAACUAGUAAUUCUAUAGCAGAUCAACAUUUUGGUUACCAAAAUUUGUUAAUUUAUGGAAAAAAAAGGAAGCCCAAUUAUUUAUCUGCUCAUGGGUUAAUGGCAAACACUCCUAUCUAUAGAACGCAGUUCGUGCAAAACCGCGUUAAGUAAGGGACACCUCCAGCUGUCAUUGGCAAAUGAACUUAGAUUGAACUUCAUGACUGCUAUUCGGUAAGUUUACAAAGACACUGCUGGGUCUGCGAGUACUUCUCAUACGGCCAUGUUGCAGAAGGAAAUUCGUUUGCGGAUUCGGUGGUGGUAAAACAUGGUUAUGGUACAUAUGCAUGGUGCUCAUGAGUUAUAACAUGUGAGAGCCAAGUGGGCCGAAUUCUGAACCACCAUUUAUUAUGAAGCUGAAUUGGUUUCGCCAAUCUCGUACAUAUGUUUGGUUGAGAUUUAAAGCCUGCAAUGGAGUUUUCUGGAACUCCACUCGUACACCCCGACAUACUAUCUCCAAUUUUACCGGUAAGUGCUAAAUAUUUGUAAAUUUAAAUAAAUGCAAAAGUUAGUUUGUUUUCUUCAUGCCGUAGUUGGGUCCUUGUUUGAUUCGAUAUUUUAUUGAAAUGCUUCGAUUAUACUACGUAAGACUGCACAAGACACAUGAAUUAUAAAGUCGUGGAACAUACCGUUUGAAUUAAAAAAUUAUGUAUCUCUUAAG